AGCAGUAGCUCGUCACUAGCCUAGCUUCGAGUUAGCAUCAAAGAUGGAGGAUCUACCAGCCAAACAGGAGAACCUGGACGACCCCCCCAACAGCCGGCUGUUCGCCGUCACCAGCCGCUCCCUGACGGAGGAGCAGCUCCGGGAGAGCUUCUCCGUGUUCGGGGACGUGCAGGGCGUCUGGGUGGUGAAGGACAAACAGACCAAGGAGUCCAAAGGGAUCUCCUACGUGAAGUUCAGCAAGUCGUCGCAGGCCUGCAUGGCCAUGGAGGAUAUGCACGGGAAGGUCCUGGUGGAGGGAACAAAACCUAUCAAGGUAUUUAUUGCUCAGUCCCGCUCGUCUAACAGACACCGAGACGUGGAGGAUGAAGAGCUGACCAGGAUCUUCGUCAUGAUCCCAAAAACCUUCUCCGAGGAAGACUUGAAAGACACGUUCAAAGAGUACGGAGACAUUGAGUACUGUGUGAUCAUCAAGAACAAGUUCACCGGGGAGAGUAAGGGCCUCGGCUACGUCAGAUACUACAAACCCUCCCAGGCCGCCUUCGCUAUAGAAAACUGCGACAAGAGUUACCGGGCCAUCCUGGCUGAGCCCCGCUCUAAGGCCACAGUGACGGAGGAUUACUCUGGGGGGGCGUCCAGAGGGGACUACUCCGGAGGGGUCGCCGACUCCACCAACCAGUACCAGUUCCCUAUGGCAGCGGAGCCCGUGAACUACCAGCCGAUGGAUUAUCGCUCUGGAGAGCUCACGCGCUGCCUGAUGGUCUCGACCCGGGCCGCCCUCACACAGGAGCAGAUCUUCGCUCUGUUCGACCUGAUCCCCGGGAUGGAGUACUGCGAGCUGCAGAGAGACGCCUACGGACUCAGCAAAGGUCACGCUCUGAUCCGCUACAGUAACCUGGGGUCAGCUGUGUACGCCAGAGACAAGCUGAACGGCUUCGAGUUCCCUCCUGGAAACAGACUGGGAGUCACCUAUGUGGACGACGGAGAGGACCGCAGCAGUCCUGUAGGUCGCAUGGCGAUGCAGUUUGUCGCGACUCAGAUGAUGUCAUCAGCGUGGAACGGACCCUCCAACAGCCAAGUGAUGAAACCCCCGUCGAGCUACCCCCCCGUCUCCAACAUGCCCAGGAUCCAGACUGACGUGAACCUGCCCCCCCUGAAGAAGCUGGCCCCCCCGGACAGCAAGUCGAAGGAGCGUCUGUUCGUGGUCUUCAGCCCCUCCCCGCUGCCGCCCGACGUUCUGGAGGACGUCUUCUGCCGCUACGGAUCCCUGAUCGAGGUCCAUCUGGUCCCUGGGAGGAAGGUGGGAUACAUGAAGUACGCAGACAAACAGUGUGCAGACGAUGCUCUGGCGGCGCUGCACGGUCGGAUGGUGAACGGAGUGAAGAUGAAGGUGAUGCGCGCUGAUCCCCCCCGAGAGGAGUCGCACAAACGCCCUCGCACCUACUGAGAGGAGACAGGAGAGACGGCGACUGUUGUCAUGACACAAAGACACCUGACCCGACCGACCGACCCACCGACAGCCACCCCGCCUCGACCUCUGACCGACCUUUGACCCCGUCUGACCCGACCUUACUGAGAGCAUCAGUCUGACUUUCUGAUUAUGUUCCUCCAGAGUUUCAGCGCACUGCUUUUUACUCCUUUUUACGUGCUGAGAUCACAGCUGAUCCUCAGACCGACUGUAAGCUCUGUUUUACUCUCAAUAAACAUCAGUUCACCCA